AUGGCGAAUGUGGUAUCGGCGGUGGCGGCCGCGGAGCAGGAGUUCCGCGCCUGCGCCGCCUUGCGAGAGGGCGGCACCAGCCCGCAGGCGCAGGCGGCGGCGGCGCAGGCCGCCAAGCUCUACGGCGCGGCCCUCAAGGCCCUGCACCGCUUCGGCGCCACCAGCCGGCGCUUCUGGGAGUCUAUCGAGGCGAGCCUUCACUGCUGCUGCGUGCACGGCGCUCGGCACCGCCGCCGCCCACCGCAGCCGGCUGUGUCCCUGGCUCUGGACACCAUCCUGCACACCUACCCCGGGGAUGCAGACUACUACUUCAACGCGGCCCAGUUUGAGGAGCUGGUGCUGCCGGCGCUGCUCGCCAUCGGCACCGGCGUGGGCGUCAACCCGCGCGGGGGGCCGCAGCUCAUCGCCCAGAUGGCCGUGGUGGGCGACUUUGUGCACCACUCGCAUUGCGAGGCGCUUCCCCGAGAGCUGCUGGAUGCGGCGGCGGGGGAGCUGUGCCGCGUGCUGGGCCUGCUGUUGGGCUCAGACCCGGAGGUCCUGUACUGCACGCUCAGCGCCCUGGGCACGCUGAUGUACAACGAAACCCGGCGGGACCGUUCUGGCGGAGAGGACUACACGCGCCACGUGCCGCUGGCGGUAGCUGCCGACCUGGCGCGGCGCGGCGCCCUCAAGCCCGCGCUGCUGAUGCUGGAAAGGACGGCGGACGUGCACGCCGACAUGUUUGGCGGGGUGGGGGACGGCAGCGCCUUCUCGCACAUAUUGAUGAUGGCGCAGAGCAUGGUGGCUGGGCUGCUGGUCACCGGCGACGUGGCGGCAGCGCAGCGCUGGGGCCGCUGGGUGGCGCGCCGCCCCGCCGCCGUCGCCAUGCUGCUGGACGGGGUGGUCGACCCUCGGGGCGAGCAAGCCACGAUCGACGUGCUGAGCUGCCUGCGGCUGGCGGGGCGGCUGGCCAGCGUGUGCCCGGAGCUGCUUGAGAAGCUGGAUGCCGGCGGGUUCAGGGCCCGCGUGGAGCGCUUGCGCCGGGCAAUGACCUCCCCCGUGGACAGCGACGAGGUGGCGGCCUGGCUGCAGCGGCUGUACCAGCCACAGCCGGGGCAGAGCGGGGCGGACUUUCUACCCGACUACGCCCCGGGGCCGCGCCCCGAGGCGCGGCAGGCGCGGCAGGCGGCGCCUCCCACGCGGGAGCAGCUGGCCGGCCUGCCCAUACGGGACCUCAUGGCUCGCCUGCGUGCGGCGGACCUCGACGCCAACGGCUGCACCGAAAAGGGAGAGCUGGUUGAGUUGCUGGUGGCGCACGGGCAGCAGCGCCAGGCCGCGACGGGCGCAGCGGCGGGCGCAGCGGCAGGCGCGGCGGCCGGGCAGGCCGGGGCCGCGGCGGCGGAGUGCGCGGCUGGCCCGGCGGCGGCGCGGCCCGCGGGGCGCUCCUGCGCCGCCUGCGGUGCCACCAAGGGCCCAGGCGUGCGGCUGCAGAAGUGCGCGGGCUGCCACCAAGUCUACUUCUGCAACACCGCCUGCCAGCGCCAGAUGUGGCCUGCGCACAAGGCGGCAUGCCAGGCGGAGGCGGCGCGGC